GCGCGAAGAGGAGGUGAAGAAGAUGAACAGAGGCGUACCCCAGGGCAUUCAAACCAUCGUCGGAGACAUGUUCGGUGAGCUCGGGAUCAAAGUUUAUUUCUCCCUUGAGACCGACCUCGAUGAUGCGUUGGCAGCCUUUGCGGAGGCGGAUGGCGCUGCCAUUCUGAGUGGGGACAGCGACUUCUUCCGAUAUGAGGGGGCCACUUACCAGGUCUACGAAGGCUUUGAGAUAGUGCGGUCAUGUCUCGAGCUGAUCCCGGCAGAUGGAACCCAUGCACGCGCCGGAAAGCUUGCGAUUAUCCCCAAGCCGCAGAUGGUGGAGAAGACCCCAGCCUUUAUAGACGUGCAGCGCACUGGCAUCUACACUCGAGGGGCAUGCUCUCCCCUCGUACGUCUAGUGGGAAAUCCUCAUGCAUGGCUUCGGCCCCUUCGUCAGGCUCUUUAUUCACGUUUAGGCCUUCGUGGACCGGUGAGAGAAGUGUUUCCCAGCUGGGAUGUUUCUGCUCGGAAGGUUGUUUGGAGCGACGACGAAGUUUUUCCAGACGGGGCCAUGGAUCAGUUUUUGGAGGAUCCCAUCGGGGCCUUGAAAUCUCUAGUUCCCGACCUGGUGGAUCAAGUUCCAGAGCUGGACACUUUGCAACGCUGGAGGCACAUCUUUGGUGUGCAUGCCGUGGUGCAUGAGCUGUGUUGCGCAGCGAACGACUCUUCCUUGUUCCGCGCCCUCGUCGAGGAUGAGGUGCUGGCUGCCUCCGCGCCCUGGCGACGAGGCAAAGGAAAGGGGAAACCUGGCCCGCCACAGGUACGCACGCAGGGGCUUUCCGGGCCAAGUGGAAAGAACUUCAAAGGCCACGGCAAAGGCAAGGCCAAAGGCAAAGACCUGGGCAAAGACUGCAACAAAAAAGGCCACAGCAAAGGCCGAUGCAAAGGCCAAAGCAAAGGUGAAAGCAAGGGCCAGGGCAAGAUGGCAGGCAAGGAUCUUUAUUGA